AUGUCACUCUGUGAGUACCUCCCUAGAUUGGACUCGAUCCUGGUGAAAAUCCUGCUAGGUGAUGAUGUCGAGCCAACAAUCACCGAAAUUGCUUUCGUGAAAAGAUGCCUUGUCGUGGUCACCAGAACCACGAAACACACUGUGAAGCUACCUGUGGAGAACAAGGAUCACCUCAAGGAUGCCAAAAUCACACAGAUCCUAGCCAAAGGCAGCAUCCUUCUGCUACGUAUAUCGCUCAACAGACCGCAAGAUCCUGCUUCAUUCACGUCAUUGUCGCUGUCGAAGACCCAAAAGUGGUCAGUCAGUGAUCUAGUGAGAACCCCAAAAGACGCCAACAAUGUCAACACAUUUCUAUUCCUUUGCGCCUACUGCAGUGCCACAGUUGUCGAUUCUCGUGACAAUAAAUACGCCGAUAUGCCUCUGGAGUACUGGCACGAACUCAUGGACUUUUGGCAUUGCCAUAAACCCCACCAGAAGCAUCAUGAGAAUCACCUGAAAAACUACGGAGCUAUAGUACCCAAGGACAACCACGUGUACAUUGGCGCUUCGUACCUAUUUUUGAAGAGAAACUCGAGUAGUUGUUUCAGCUGCAAGAGAAAUCUCGGUGAAUUGACCAAUGAUACCGCUAAGCUAUACAAGUGGAACUUGAAGCUUCAGUAUGGCGACACUACCGAGACAUUCCCGCCGUAUGCCUACUCCUAUUACGCAAUUCUAGAUAGGAUUAAUUCCGGAGCUCUUAGAAAGCUACAAGUCCAGAGCGAUAACGGAUCAGUUCGCAUAUGGAUCCUUAGUGUUGGACUUUCUGUCAGCUACGACAGUUACGUUCUUGAUAAGGCGCUCAAAAUAUUGUACACAGAUAAAACGGACUCAGAAACGGAGGUGCUUGAUGUUCCGCUGGAAGGAGUCUACGUCCUUGCUUCCCGAAAGUGA